AUAGUGCCUACCACGGGAACCUAGGAAACUUGAUUGAUAUUAGUCCGAAGAUGUUCAAACAAAUGCCACUGGGAAAGAAAGAAUUUGUUCAUGUCAUUCCAUGUCCAGACACAUAUCGUGGCCUUUACCGAGAGGAUGAUCUAAGAGCAGCUGAGAAGUAUGUGAAGGAAGCAGAACAUAUCAUUCGCCAAGCCAUUAGAAGUAACAGAAAAAUAGCAUGUUUUGUCUCAGAAUCGAUAGUGGUCAAUUGUGGCGUCAUUGUUCCUCCAAGAAAUUACUUCAGACUCUUGUAUAACUUGAUCCAUGAAAUUGGAGGUGUUUGCAUUGCAGAUGAAGUACAGACAGGACUAGGAAGAACAGGAGAAUACUUCUGGGCAUUCGAGCAUUAUGGUGUGACUCCCGACAUAGUUUGCAUUGGCAAGCCUUUAGGAAAUGGUCACCCAAUGGGAGCUGUUAUAACUACAAGAGAAAUUGCAGAUUCCUUAGGGGAAUAUUACUCAACUUUUGGUGGUAACCCUGUAGCAUGUGCAAUUGGCAUGGCAGUCUUGGAUGUAAUUGAAAAUGAAAAACUAGUACAAAGUGCCAAAGCAGUUGGUAAGACUCUCCUGGAGAACCUUCAACAGUUAAGACUUAACCAUAGGGUUAUAGGAGACGUAAGAGGGAUUGGACUCUGCAUUGGAGUGGAAGUUGUUGAGCAUAAGACCAGUCGUAAACCUGCCACAGCCCUUGCACAAACCAUUAUAUACAAGUUAAAAGAAGAGCACCACAUCCUGGUGCAAGUGCAAGGUCCAGGCCGUAAUGUGAUUUGUAUAACACCACCAAUGUGCUUCACGCAGACCAAUGCCCGCUCACUCUUCAAUGCGCUUGAUGCUGUGCUUACCUCACUUGCACAUAGUAAUACAGAAGGGGUUAUUGAUAUUGCCAGCAACAUUGUAGUCCCGCAUCCCAGAUCAGUCCUCUCCAUGGAAGACUUGGAGAAUAUGAGCGAGGAAUUGGAAGGCCCAGAAGCUAAGAAAGCUCGAACAAGUUAUGAUGACAUUGAUUAAGAUUCUUGUAAUUUCACACCAUAUGAGACAGUGAAAAUACCUGUGUAUAUGCAACAGGGAGUAAUAUAAAGAUGACUUAUUGUCUAC